GCUCACCACCAGCCGUACGAUCACGAUGGCAGCCGUAUAUUCCAUAGUCGUACAGAGAAAUUCACAACUACCGAUAUGACGCCCAUCUACACCGUUUCUCCCUCUCCCGAAAAAGGUCUCGGCUGCUUCUCUACCAAACUAAUCCCGACUGGCACCCUGAUCCUCAGCGAAACACCGCUCUUCAACGUACGCGAGCCGCGCACCAAUGCCGCCGUCCUGGCCGCCUUCUUGAAUAUCACUAAAUCCGAGCAAGAGAACUACCUCACCUUAUACGCUCAGACCGCGACAACCCGAGACGCCAAGGUUAUCGACAUUUUCAACUCCAAUGCUUGGCAGACUGGAUCUCGCACGUCGAUUUGUCCCCAGGCUGCGCGGUUCAACCAUUCGUGCGUGCCGAAUGCGAGCUUUGCCUGGAACUCACGAUUGGGAAAAGUCACAGUACAUGCUGUCACGGCGAUCCCAGCGAACACGGAGAUCCUUCUGAGCUAUGAGCGACCAUAUCAGGUUGGAAGUGCGCGACGUGAGAAACUGUCCGCGUAUGGCUUCGUGUGUUCGUGCGUGGCAUGUGGCUCCGGGGCUGAAGCAAGUGACAUUCGCAGAGCACGAAUGGUUCUAUUGGACGCGCGGAUUCGAUGCCAACGGAGACAGCUGUGGAGGUCGGCUAUACCAAAAGCCGAGGUCGAGUUGGUAAGGAUAUUAAAGGAAGAAGCCAUCGUAGGCGAGGCAUUGGGGCUUGCGCAUCACGAUGCAGCGGUGGGUUGGAGGAAGUAUGGGAGGGUGGACUUGGCUGUGAGACACGCCGCCAAGGAGCUCGAGAUCUGCAUUAUUUGUUUCGGCCCGGACUCUUCGUCCGUUGAUACGACGAGAGCGUUCUUGCUAGAACUGAAGGCGCAGCUUGCAAAAGAAAGUCUCUUGGUCUCAGAGCCAGUUCUGUUAGCAGAAGGUGUUUCGCACUCGACCGGUAGGCGCCCGCCUAGGCCUAUAUGGGCAGUUUAUCGCGCCUAAACAAUCCAUCACUCUUACUUCAUUUGCGUUUGCAUCGUAAAUAUACUCGAAC